AUGAACCACUGGUCAAUCCAGCGAACCGUAGAUCAUGGCUCGAUAGCCUAUCGCCUUCAUCUCUCCCUCACCCUCGCCCUCGCAGGUCUAGCAGCCGCAAACUCCACCGCAGACAAGGCCCUCUUAAGGGUCACGACCGACACCGCCAUCAGUGCAGCGCAGUCGCUCCUCGAGCUGGUGGCGUCCAAGUGCCCCGGUACGCAGAUCGUGGCGGGCGGGUAUUCCCAGGGCACAGCGGUGAUGCACGGCGUGAUCUCCGGGCCCUCGGAUAACGGGCAGAUUCCCGGGUUUGGGGAGGAGAAGACGGGGAUCUACUGUGCGUGGGGGGAUAUGGUGUAUGAUAAGAUGUUGGUGAUCACCGCGGCGCAUUUUUUCUUAUGUGGGUGA